AACGUAAUUGUUAUUGAUAUCGAUAAUUGCUGCAUGGAAACGGUAAACAAUCAAUGUCCGAGGGUGUUUUAGUUUUCUUUUAUGCUACUACCAAUACUACUACGUUUAAUUCGUGAUUGCAAUUGCACAUUGAAUGAUAUAUCGUCUCGUACAAACUAAGUUGCAUGUAGUCUAACGAUCUCGAGUACGAAUUCUUUAUCAGUUUGUCAUUUGCAAAGCUGAGUGACGUGAAUUUUUGUGAGCGACAGCGCGACAAUCUGGCCAGCCUUGCCGGGCUGCUCCGCAUGAUCAACGAUACGGAAGGCCAAACCACAUAUUGUUUGUUUAUUUUCCUAGUCGACAAGAGAGAAGAAGUAAUAAAAAAAAUCCGGCAUCUUCAGAGUUCAGUUCACUCAAUUCAGAGUCAGAGAAGUCAUUUUCAAUCUCAGGCUCAGCUCUCACUCGGAUCAGAUCAAUUUUACUUUUUAGGCUGAGUUCAUCCAUUAAAUCAUCACUUCAGGAAGUUCAGACAUCAGCACAGCAUGGCAACAUUAAAUCCAGCAAGAACACUUAACAAUUCAGGAGGAAGAUGCCUCAUGGAGAAUUGGGUUGAAGAGAGACAAGUUUACGAAACUGGUCUGGACAGUGCAGGAUUGAAUUCUGAAGAAAGUUACACCUCCAGCAGCUCUCUCCCGUACAAAGAUGGUCACAAAGGAAUCCUAACGCGAGAAUUGGACACUCUUGUGGAGAAAGAAUCAAACAGCAUGGGCUCCUAUACGAAACCCGCAUGUUGUGGAGUUCGAACAGUUGGCCGUAAGAAGGAGUUGAUGGAGAGAGCGUUGUAUGCUAAAGUAAGCCAAGAGAUACAAGAUGAGGUCAAUGAGCCCCCUCCUAUCGCAGAGUACAAGUCGGUUACUCAGAAGGAUUUCUUUGACGACGACUUCAAGUCGGAGUUACCAGCCCCUCUUUACGAGCAUAAUGUCAACACCGAGCAGCCAAUCACGUUCUGGAGCCAGCAUAAAGAAAAGAUUCCAGGUGUAUCACAAGUCAAGACAUUAGACACACCAUUCAAGAAGAACUCGUCCUUCAGCAAACCCAUCGCUGAGAGUGUUGAUCAGCCACAGCCGUAUGAACAGGAGAAGCAUCCCUUCUUAUAAACCAGGAGAAUGACGGCAUGCUAUUUUCAUCACCAAACAGCAACUUAUUCUACCCUGUUGACCAAUUAAGUGGAGAAAGUGAACAUGAAGAUGCACUUGUGGACAUACAUGUAACUGCAUGUACUUUGGUCAUAAGUCUGAGAGCAGUAAGAUAAGAAAGAAAGAACCUGUCUUUGCUUCUUGAAGUAUUUUACAUGUACUAGGGUAGGAACAUUCCACUACAAUGAGCUUUGUCCAUAGAGAACUUGCAGAUAUACUUACAAUAUAUGUAGUUAAUAUGUUUACUACUGAUUUCUGCUUUUUACAGGGACCACUUAUUUACAGUAGGCUACAAGUUAAUACCUCUAGGUCCAACUUGCUAUCAUAGCAUCCAAAGCUUGUUAGUAGUAAAGGGACAGAAUUAAAACUGAGAAGAGUCGUGUUAAAAACCUCUCAUUUAGAUCAUCUUCUAAAACUAUAUUCUACUCAGAGAUUUAUUCACUAUUCUAAUUCUUUACCACAUUACAAAAAUGUGUAUGCCCAAACAAAUAUUUUUCAUAUGAAGAUAUAGAAAUAAAAACGUGUUUUAUCAGGUGAAUUUUCAAUAUUAUGUCAAUUUUUUCAAUUUUUUCUUUUUAUAUUAAACCAAUCUUUAAACAUGGAAUGGUCUAAAAAUUUCAGAUUAUCAUAAGUGCUGGAAAGGCCAUUUUGGAAGAAACAUAAAACCAUUACCAAGAGAGGGCGCUAGACAUGAAACAAUUCCAAAUUAAAUACUCUUGGCAGCAUAGUGAUUCUAGAGUGAUGUCAUAACUUAUGUCAUCACCUAAUGUCAUGAGUGGUUGAAAUGAUGUUUGUGGCACAACUAUGGAGAGAUUGUUUUGCAAUUACUUGCUUAGUAAUUUUGCCCCUAACUUUGGAAAUAGAAUGAGGUUAAUUUUCAUUUGGUCCAAUUGCCAACUUGUCUACUAUCAUUUGGUCUACCAUUAGUUCUUCUGAUGUCGAAAUGGUCUAAUUGCCAUUUCGUCUCUAUUAACCAGUUGGUUCAAUAGCCAUUUAGUCCAUGUUUGGUCUAAUUAGACUAAGUGUUAAUUGGGCAAAAUGAAUGAAAAUAAAAUGAGUAUUAGACCAACUGGUUAUGGAACGAAAUAGUCAUAGACCAACUGGUGAUUAGGCGAAAUGAUGAGUGGACCAAAUGGUUAUCAGACCAAAUGCUUGUUAGAUGAAAUGUUGAUGGACAGAAUGGCAUUAGACUAAAUGAAGGUAGACCAUGUGGUGAGUGGACGAGUUGGCAACAGACGAACUGGCAAUUAACCUAGAAUGAUUGGUCUGCCAUUUGUUGUUCUUUGUGUCCCAAAACAAGAUUGUUUAAUUGCCUCUGCUAGUUUUGUACAUUCCUCUUUGAUGCCUCAUUCACAUGGACUCUGUGCGCAGAAAUCAUGCUGAGCUUUGUCAUAAAAUUUGUGAACAAGUCUUUAGUUUCCGAGGAGACCAUUUGAUAUUUGGAAAAAAAGUUAUUUGUUUUGUAUUUCUUGCGUGUUCAUUCCCAUCAUCAAGCCUGAGCAUGUAUAUGUAUGACACAUUGUGUUUUGUAAGUGAGCCUGAUGCAAUGCAUAAAGAAUGAAUUUGCGAAGAAAACCUUUUUGUUUAGGCAUGCUAUACCUAGUUAUAUAUAGAUCACUAUGAAUGGGUUAAAAUGUUCAAGAGGCUCAGGUAUUUAUUUUGCCAGGUUGGGUGACCACAGUCAUGAGGCCAUAAUCAUAUGACAAAUAUCCACGUCAUUAUUUCAGAAAAUAACCUCGUUUUGUUGAAACAUUAGAAACAUUUGUAUUAAGCUAUAUUUUUGGAAAAAUAUCAAAAUUAACAUGCACCUUUGAGAAAGUCUAAAGCCCUACUACAUGUAAAUGCACCUGCCAUGUUGGGUGUGUUCAAAAUAGUUCCAACGGUAUUUUAUUUUGGCAAUUUUUGCUUGACACAAUCACCCAAAAUUUUGUCCUGAAGUGAAAUUGAAAAAAAAAAUAUAUGUAAUGAAAUUAUAAUAGAACUGCAGUUCAUAGCAAAACAGGUGAUUGUAUAUUAUUUUUCAGCAUUUUUCACAUCAAUAUUCUGGAAAGAUUACUUGUCUCUACUGACAUGUACAUUAUUUCAUUUUAUCAUUAUGAAAUGCAUACUAUGUACAGAUGUUUUGUGAGGUAGAUUUUGUUGAAUCUACACAUACUGAUUUUAUAAUGUGUUCCCUAUAAGUUGAAGUAUGUAUAUAUUGGAAAGAAAAUUAUUUUAAAAUGUGUAAGAAUUAAUAAAGAAAAAUGUUCCUAUUGUGCGAUUCAA